UUUCGGUUUUAAGGUACUCGUUUCAGGAUGAGGAGGACAUGUUUAUGGUGGUGGAUCUGCUGUUAGGAGGAGACCUGCGGUAUCAUCUCCAGCAGAACGUUCAGUUCACUGAAGAAGCGGUGAAAGUUUACCUGUGUGAGAUGACGCUGGCGCUGGACUACCUGCAGAGCCAACACAUCAUACACAGGGACAUCAAGCCUGACAACAUUCUGCUGGAUGAACAAGGUCACGCACAUUUAACAGACUUCAACAUCGCUACGAUAAUAAAGGACGGUGAGCGAGCCACAGCUCUGGCGGGAACCAAACCUUACAUGGCUCCAGAAAUCUUCCAGUCGUUCGUGAGCGGAGGAAGCGGAUAUGCCUUUCAGGUGGACUGGUGGUCAUUGGGUGUGACCAUUUUUGAGGUUCUGCGAGGUUGGAGGCCGUAUGACAUUCACUCGAGUAAUUCUGUGGAGUCUCUGCUGCAGUUGUUCAGUACCGUCAGUGUUCAGUACAGUUCAGCCUGGCACAAAGAUCUCGUGUCGCUGCUGAGGAAGUUAUUGACGGUGAACCCCGAGCAUCGUUUCUGUGGUCUGGCUCAGAUGCAGACAGCUCUUUACCUCUCUGAUGUUAACUGGGACGAUGUUUAUGAGAAGAAACUGGAGCCCGGGUUUGUUCCCAAUAAAGGGCGUCUUCAUUGUGACCCGACCUUUGAACUGGAAGAGAUGAUCCUGGAGUCUCGUCCUCUUCAUAAGAAGAAAAAGCGUCUGGCCAAAAACAGAUCGCGAGAUAACAGCAAAGAUUCUCAGUCUGAGAACGAGUAUCUUCAGGAGUGCCUUGAAGUCGUCCAGCAGGAGUUCAUGAUUUUCAACCGUGAAAAGUUUAAGCGUCGUCAGGAGGAGGAGAGUGUUCCGGGAGGUGAUGGAGAGGGAGCGGAGGCAGAUGAUGGAGAUCCAGACGCUGAAGGAGGAACAGAGGAUGAAGAGACCGAGCCUGAACCCGAGACCUCUAAACGAAGCAUGUGCGGCUCCGUCUGCUUGUCUCCAGGAAGCAGUUAGCACCCGUCCCGUCGGCUCUCACCUCGCCUUUAAAAUCCCAGAGAGAACUCUGAGCGACUCAUCCUGAACCGCCACAGGUGUACAAACAGUCCGAGUCUCAAAGCGUUUCCAUGUUGUGUGUCGCCUGUAGGUCGCUCUCUAGAAUAAGCGCAAACACUUCUAUGCAACGUGAUCUUCAGCAUGAUGUAAAUAGAGAUUUAAGAGGCUAUUGAACAUUUUAAGACUGCACGCUUGUAUGUGUGUGAUGAUGGUGAUGAAACCCAGAGAAAGAGACAAUUGAAGGAAAUGAUGGAGGACGUUUCAGUUCUUUUUCAGAGAGAUUAUCAGGUUUAUGGUUCAGCAGUUUAGAAGCUUGUAAACCAACCGCUAAAUAAUUCAACAGAGUGAACGUACUCAUUUUAAAAGAAGAGCUUGGUGAUAUGCCCUUACAAAAAUAAAGUUUAAAAAUUAAGUAUACCUAAGCAAAGCAUAUUUUAGGUACAAUUUUAAUGUAUACUUUUCUAAACCUGACUUCAAGUGGUAAUGAAAUAGUACACUAGUAGUAUAUUGAUAAUAGUAGAACUUUUUGGAGUUUACUUUAGUAUACUUAAUAAAAUAAACUUUGUACGAAUCCUUACAAAAAAAUCGUAUGCACAAAGACAACAUCAGUAAAACGAAAAUAACUAGAGGAUAAAGUUUUAUCUUUCUUUCCGCGAGUUCUCAUCUUAUAGCCUGAACUGAUUUUCAUUUUCAUUUCGAGGACUUUGGUCAACAUUAACUCAUCAUUUUUGCUGUAUUUUUCCAUGAAGACAUUUAAAACACUUGAUCUGCUACAAGUUGUUGAUUCCAGACAGUUAUUAGGAAUUGACAGAUUGAUGUGAAAGUCAGAAACAGUGCUUUCGUGAGGUCUUUAAGACAAUUUAAAGCUGUUAGUAGCUGUUUUUCUUUCAUCUUUCUCUCUGCUUGCUGCUUUCGGCAACACGUUCGUUGCCAAAUUACCUUUUUGACUGUUAAACUAGUUGUUGAACUUUUGUGGAGGGUUUGUAGUUGCACAUAUUCUUGACUCUUCUCUACAGGACUCUGUCAGUUUAAGAUUGAUUUAAUAAUACUUGGGAUUGUGUUAACAUGGCUUCAGUCGUAGCAUUAGGAACAAUAGGAAUAAUUUAAGGUGGUAUUGUUAGUUUCAGCAGUGACAUCUGCGUGUAGCAUUCAGAACGCUGCAGUCUAUAUACUGAAGCAAAAGACAUCAUCCACAGUUUUAUGUGGAUUUGCUUACAUAACCGAGUGUCUAUAGAACAACAAUUAAGAUAAAUGAAGUAAUUGCUUACAGUAAGAGGUUUAAUGAAGCUCUGUCUUCACACAGUGGCGUUUCAAAUCUCUAUCCAAGUGUGCAGGCACAACUUGUAGGCAAAGACGCCAAAGCUUUUGUACCAUUUACAUAUGCGUUACAUUAUAUAUAUAAAUGAGUGCCUGUGUAUGUACGUGUAUGUGUGUGUGCGUGCGCGUGUGUGCGUGCGUAGAGCCAAUAUAAACAUGUAACAUUUGUAAACAAGCGUUUAUUAUCAUAAGUAGGGAAUGUUUCUGAAAUCUUCUUAAAGCUGGAGUUAGUCUGAGAAACAGAAGCGGUGGAGAGAUUCAAACUCCUGCAUGUUUCACUGUAUUCUGUACAUUAAGACUGGAAGCCACUAUAAAGCCGUAGGCAUGUGUGUGUGUGUGUGUGUGUGCGUGCGUGCGCGUGCGUGCGUGCGUGCGUGUGCGUGCGUGCGUGCGUGCGUGCGUGUGUG